AUGGUUCUGGAUACUGAAGACUGGGCCGAUGAGCUCCCGGCAGAACAAAUAGCCGUCCUUCGCAAGGCGUUCGAUGGCUUCGACCACAACCGCUCGGGCAGCAUCCCAUGUGACUUCGUCGCAGAUAUCCUUCGGAUGAUGGGGCAGCCCUUUAACAAAAAAAUUCUCGAAGAACUCAUCGAGGAGGUUGAUGCCGACAAGUCUGGCCGUCUAGAGUUCGGUGAGUUUGUGACGCUAGCCGCCAAGUUCAUCGUUGAAGAGGAUGCAGAAGCCAUGCAGAAGGAACUUAGGGAAGCUUUCAGAUUAUACGACAAAGAAGGCAAUGGUUACAUUCCCACGUCAAGCUUACGCGAGAUCCUUCGCGAGUUGGACGAGCAACUGACAGAAGAUGAACUCGAUGGACUCAUUCAAGAAAUCGAUACCGACGGCAGCGGCACCGUAGACUUCGAUGAAUUCAUGGAGAUGAUGACAGGAGAAUAA